AUGCCUUUGCCCACUCAAGGCAGUGACGAUGCCGCGUACAACACGCGGAAAUUGGCGCUCCUGCCAGCGCUUAUCGGAAUGAAGGGACUUUUGAACCACCACAUUGCCUCAUUUGACCACUUAAUAAACGUGGAGUUGAAGAGGAUUCUUUUGAAUGAGUCCAACAGGGAGAUUAAGAGCAGCAUCGACCCGGACUUCUCCAUUCGAUACACAAAUAUCCGGGUUUGUCAACCGAGGGAGAUUGUGGGGAAGGGGCAGUUGCCAAAGGCCGUUUCUCCACACGAAUGCAGGACCCGCGAUCUCACCUAUCGUGGGGAUAUGAUUGUGGAUGUGGAGUAUACAAGUCGUGACCGCAACAAACGGCCGUGCACGGAGACCGAUAUUAAAAUUGGGACAAUUCCCAUCAUGCUGAAGUCGAGUUCAUGUAAUCUGUUUGGAAGGACUCGUGAGGAGCUGGUCGCGAUGCGGGAGUGUCCUCUUGACCCAGGCGGUUACUUCAUUAUCAAAGGAGUGGAAAAGGUAUGCUUGGUACAAGAGCAGCAGAGCAAGAAUCGUGUCAUUAUUGAAGCGGAUGACAACGGCAAUAUUGUGGCUCAUGUUCAGAGCAAGACGCACUAUUCCAUUUCAAAAUGUUCCGUGACAUUUAAGAAGGGGCGGAUUGUAAUGGUGCAUCGAUCGUUCAAGGAAGACAUUCCCAUCGUGGUGAUGCUGAAGGCUCUUGGGAUGGAAAGCGAUCAACAGAUUGCGCAGCACAUUGGCACGACGCCUGCCUUUGAAAGUGUCUUAUUCGCCUGUUUUGAGCAGGCUGCUGCUUUGGGAGUGAAGACUCAGGACGAUGCGCUGCAUUUCAUUGGUGAAAGACGUAAGGAGACCUCGUGGGAGGUGGAUGACGCGCAGCAGAGACACAUUCAGAAGUCCAAGGCAGACAAUGCGGCGGAGUUUCUUGGGAAUGUUCUCUUGUGCCACAUCCGGGAGGGACAGGUGCAGCGUGACUGGAACUUUCGCCACAAGGCCCUUUACGUGUGUUUUAUGGUGCGACGCAUGAUUGAAGCAAGUGUGGAUUCCUCCCUGCUUGACGAACGAGACUUUUAUGGUAAUAAGCGGUUUGAAACAACUGGUACACUGAUGGGUCUCCUGUUUGAGGAUCUCUUGAAGCAAUUUAAUCGUGUGGUGAAGACGGCGAUGGAUCAGCAACUGUCCAAGAAGGACACGACAAAAGCUUUUAACGUAAAGCAGCUCAUGGAGAGUAAAUUGGAGGUUAUUCAGAGCGGGAUGCGGGUGGCGUUGAGCAGUGGCCGGUGGGAGCUGAAGCGGUUCAACAUGAGCCGUCAAGGCAUCACUCAGGUGCUCUCGCGACUGUCUUAUAUUGCAUGCAUUGGUAUGAUGACUCGUCUCGCCUCUUCCUUUGAAAAGAGUCGCAAGAUUAGUGGGCCACGUUCAUUGCAGCCGAGUCAGUGGGGAAUGGUUUGUCCAUGUGACACGCCCGAGGGGGAAAGUUGCGGUCUUGUUAAGAACUUUGGCAUAUUGAGCCAAGUGACGUUGGACAUGGAUGAUUCUUUUGUUCGGGCGGCAGCACAUAACUUGGGUGUGGAGGAGGUGGAUUCCAUCAGUUCCAGGGAGUUUUUGAAUUAUUACACGGUCUUUUUGAAUGGAACGCUGAUUGGCAUCCACCGCUACCCCAACCGUCUUUGCAGAGGGGUGCGUGCGUUGCGAAGAUCUGGACGGCUGCAUCCACAUGUUUCGAUUGCCAUCAACGAUCGUCAGAAGAGUGUGCAAAUUGGGUGUGAUGGGGGGAGAAUUGUCCGAUUAUACAUUGUGGUAAACCACGCGAAGCCUGCCGUCACCUCCGCCCAUCUGGACCAGCUUUCUGCUGGGCAAUACUCCAUCAAUGACUUUUUGGCUGAGGGAUUGGUGGAAUUUAUCGACGUGAAUGAGGCCAAUGACUGUCUUAUCGCUGUCUACCCCAGGGACAUUGAAACAUACACAACGCACCUGGAGGUGGAGCCGCUUUCUCUACUGGGCGUCGUUGCUGGGAUUAUACCCUUUCCGCAUCAUAAUCAGUCGGCCAGAAACACUUUUCAGUCGGCGAUGGGCAAACAGGCUUUGGGCACGAUUGCGUACAACCAGUACAUUCGCACGGAUACUGUUCUGAUGCUUGGUGCCUACCCUCAGCGACCCCUUUGCCGGACAAAGGCCAUGGACCUUACCCACUACGAGAAACUGGGGGCUGGUAUCAAUGCGAUGGUGUGUGUCAUGAGCUACAGUGGAUAUGACAUUGAGGACGCUCAGGUGUACAACCGCUGCUCACUCGAUCGUGGUUAUGGUCGAUGCGUCGUUCUUCGAAAGCACGAGGUGGAUUUGGAACGGCUUCCAAAUGGGGAAUACGAAAUCAUUCUUCCCCCUGAUUCCAAUGCUGGCAAAUGCAAGGCGCUUAACAGUGAUGGCAUCGCCAGCAAAGGGGCUAUUGUGCGCCAAUUUGACAUUCUAGUUAACAAGUAUACACCGGUGGCAUCCUUGGAGCCCCGACCCAAUCCUCUUGUGUACAAGUAUCCCCAGCCCGCCGUCGUGGACCAUGUGGUUAUUUUGCCUCCCGGUGACUCCGAACGCUCGAUGGAUGUGGAGCAGAAAAUUAAGGUGAUCACAAGGGAGGUUCGUGUACCGGAGCCGGGCGAUAAAUUUUCGUCACGGCACGGCCAGAAGGGUGUAGUUGGUCUUAUCACAGAUGGAGUCAACAUGCCCUUCAAUGAAAAGGGCAUAAGCCCCGAUAUGAUCAUGAACCCCCAUGGGUUCCCGAGUCGAAUGACAGUCGGUAAGCUCCUGGAGUUGGUUAGUUCAAAGGUUAGCGCUCUUACGGGAACAUUUGGAGAUGGUACAGCGUUUGGCGGAGACAAUGCGGAGGAUUUGGGCAUGCACCUGCUACGAAACGGCUUUAACUACCAUGGGAAGGAUGCAUUUUACUCCGGCAUUACGGGAGAGAUCAUGCAGGCCUAUGUGUUUUUUGGCCCUAUUUACUACCAACGUCUCAAACACAUGGUCACAGAUAAGAUGCAUGCUCGUGCCACCGGGCCACGUUCAAUGUUGACUAGACAACCGACGGAGGGUAGAUCUCGCAGUGGUGGUCUUCGCGUGGGCGAAAUGGAACGAGAUUGCAUGGUUGGUUAUGGUGCUUCAAAUCUAUUGAACGAACGGCUACUUCUUAGCUCCGAUCUUUUUACCGUGGAUACAUGCCGCUCGUGUGGAUUUCUGGGGUACUGUGGUUACUGUCCGUACUGUAAUACAAAGAACACAGUGUCACAUGUAAACGUUCCCUAUGCGUUCAAGCUGCUUCUACAGGAGCUUCAAGGCAUGGGCAUAAGCACACGACUUUCAUUAGAUUUUAUUGGCCAGCAUUAA